AUGAUACCCAACUUCAUGUCGCUGCGUGUUCUCGUCAGCUGGGACGGGAUAUUACUACGAACGGAACCGCUGAGCUUCAUCGAUCGUUCUAGGGCACCCAACGACGACAGGCAGAAUGAAGCAUGGGACAUGGUCCACGGGCUGCUGCUCCUAUCCGGCGGCCAGCUUUUCCACGCUCCCAUCCUUUCUCCGGUAAAAUGCCAACGAAUCCUCGACGUCGGGACCGGCACGGGGUCAUGGGCCAUAGACAUCGCCCAAAUAUACCCCACCACCCAAAUCAUCGGCACCGACAUCUCCCCCAUCCAGCCCAGCUUCGUCCCCACCAACGUCUCCUUCCAGCUCGACGACGCCCAGCUACCCUGGACCUUCCCCAGCCACCACUUCGAUUUCGUCCACCUGCGCGGCCUCGUCGGCGCCAUCCGCGACUGGCCCUUUCUCUACGCCCAAGUCUACCGCUGCCUCAAACCCGGCGGCUGGUUCGAGCACCGCGACUUCUCCGUCGAGCCCCAGUCCGAGACUGGCUCUCUCCCCGAGCAAUCGCCCCUCCACUCCUGGCAGGACGUGUUGGCCGCCGCGUCUCGCAAGUCGGGCAAGACGUUUCGCGUCGUCGACGACGGCGCCAACGUCGCGUGGUUCAAGGCGGCCGGAUUUACGAAAAUCAAGGAGGAGAGGAGCAUCGUCCCUAUCGGCAGCUGGCAUGAGGACCCGGAGCUGAAAAUCAUGGGCGGCAUUCUCGAGGCGGCGAUGGAGCAGAGCGUCGAGGGCUGCGGCGUGUAUAUUCUGACGAAGCUGCUCGACUGGAGCGCUGCCGAGGCUAGGGCCUUUCUCAUACAGGUCAAGGCAGCGCUGCGUGAUUCGUCUUCGGCCCGGCUCUAUCUUGAGAUGUAA